AAAAACCAUUGGUCGUGACGUCAAAAACGUCAUGCAGUAUAAAACGUAAGUCCCUCCUUUUCAAGCUCAUUCCUGGAUUUGGUCAAAGGUUUGAAUUUGCUUUGCCGAAGACUAAGCCGUCGAGGACUUCAAACAGCUCAUCUCAAUUUCAGUUUUUUUCCCUUCAAGUAAUGGACAUUUGAUUACUCUUUUUGCCUCCAGUUGGUCCAGAAGAAAAGGCUAGCGUUUAGCUAGCACAGCCCAACCCAUAAGAAGUCUUUGAUGAUAAUUAAAACCAUGAAGGUUGACGACAUAUAAAUGAAUUAUGAGCUAUAAGUGCUUGAAAAAGUACAUCAUAAUAUAGCCGAGACGCUGAGGAUCUAUAGUAUCAAUAUGUGUGUUUCAGACAUGGCGAAGGGACCCGUUGACCCCAGGGAGAUCUUGAAAGGUGUCGAGGCCCUGCUGGGAAAGGACGGAGAGCUCCGCAGCCUGGAGGGCGUCCCCAAGGUGUUUAGCUUGAUGAAAGCCUCUACUAAGAUGGUCAGCAGGUGUAUGUACCUCAACGUGUUGCUGCAGACCAAGUCCCACGAUGUUCUGAACAGGUUCAUCAGAGUUGGCGGCUACAGGCUGCUCAACUCCUGGCUCACCUACUCCAAGACCACCAACAACAGCCCUCUGCUGCAGCUCAUCCUGCUCACGCUGCAGAAGCUGCCUCUCAAAGUAGACCACCUGAAACAGAACAACACCGCCAAGCUUGUGAAGCAGCUGAGCAAAAGUGCAGAAACUGAAGAGCUGAGGAAGUUGGCGGCUGUCCUGGUGGAUGGGUGGAUGGCCACCAUUCGUUCCCAGAGUGUCUUGAGCAGUGGCACAUCCCCUGCUGAUAAGAAAAAGAGGAAAGAAGAGAGCAAGGUGCCGGUGAGGGAUGUGAAGGAAAAGAGUGGAGAUGAGAGCAAGAAGAAGGAGAAAUCCAAAGCUCACGCCCCUAGCCAUACAAAGAUCCGAUCCAUAGGACUGGAAAUGGAGGCUUCUAACCCAGCCCCCCCUAAGAAGACGCCCUCCGCCCCACAGCUGGGUGUGAAGUACAUCAUACGCCCCCCCCUGCUGAAGAGGCCGAGCUCUGGUCCUUCAGACGCUCCGCCGCUUGAGAAAAAAUACAAGCCUCUAAAUACGCCCUCAAACUCAACCAAAGAGAUCAAAGUGAAGAUAAUUCCAGCUCCACCAAUGGAAGCUACGGGCUUCCUGGAUGCCCUGAACUCAGCCCCAGUACCUGAGAUCAAGAUCAAGAAGAAGAAAUCCGUGGGUUCUACUAGUCCUGCUAACACCAAAGCUGUCUCACCAACAUCCACCAAGGCCAACCCAUUGGACAGCAAAGCUGCUGGCUACCCUCCAUCCUCAGCUAGACCGCCAUCUCCAGAAGCAGCUGCUUCCACCACCGCUGCUGAUGAGAACCAGGAACCAGAGCAGCCUUCCACCCCCGUUCCUGCUGAGGACCCAGAGACCGCCGACAACACUGAGAAGCCCAAUGCCCUGGCAGAACCCCGCCCAGAGGAAGAGGGCCUGACCAAGAAAGGCAAGAAGAAAAAAACGGUUCACUGGGCUGAGGAGGAGCAGCUCAAGCACUACUUCUACUUUGACUUGGAUGAGACAGAGAGAGUCAACGUUAACAAGAUUAAGGAUUUCGGCGAGGCUGCGAAACGAGAACUUAUGAUGGACAGGCAAACCUUUGAGAUGGCUCGUCGGCUUUCACACGAUGCCAUGGAGGAAAGGGUCCCCUGGACCCAACCAAGACCGCUGACCCUGGCUGGCAGUUUGGUCACCCCUGGAGCCAACAGCACAGAGAAACACACCCAGAGAGAGCGUGAGAUGGGCAUCCUGCAGGAGAUCUUCCUUAGCAAGGAGAGUGUACCUGACAGUCCUCAUGAGCCAGACCCAGAACCAUACGAGCCCAUGCCCCCCUGUCUCAUUCCUCUGGACGAGGUUAGCACACAGGACCCCUCUAUGGUGGAUGACGGCUAUGGUGAGCCUGCAGACUCGGGACUGCAGCAGGCCCAGAGCGAGCGGUCCAAGCUGCCGCCUGUCCUGGCCAACCUCAUGGGGAACCUGAGCAACAACUCCCGCAGCCCCCAGGCCUCCACUGCCACCGCCAACCCCGCAGCUCCAGUUGUCAAUGUUCAGGAGUUGCUCUCAUCCAUCAUGGGAGCCUCUGGGAGUCAGUCUACCGAGGAGCUGAUAAAGCAGCCAGACUUCUCCGACAAGAUAAAGCAGCUGCUGGGUUCUCUGCAGCAGAGCCAGAGCCAGAGUGAACCACCUCCAGUCAACCAGGGGCUCCUCGGACACGGCCCGGGCCCCAACAACAUGGCCAACAUGCACAUGCAGGCGCCCAUGAACGGAGGCUACCCGCCCAACAGCUCGCCAGGUCCUCGCUUUAACCACCCCCCUCCCCCACACAACCACGGCCCGCCUUUCAACAAUGCCGGAGGUCCCCGCAUGAUGGGGCCCCGCCCGGGACAGGGUAGAGGAGAGAAUGGAAAUUACUGGGGAGACGAGCCCAUGAGAGGAGGGCCCCACAGAGGAGGACACUUCCACCGAGGAGGCCGGGGCCGCGGAGGAGAGCUGGGUUUCAGAGGCAGGGGCCGCGGAGGGCCCAGAGGAGGACACAACAACAUGAAUGAUAUGUCCAAACGGCCCAUAUGUCGUCACUUCAUGAUGAAAGGAAGCUGCAGGUAUGAAAGCAACUGUGCCUUCUACCACCCUGGCGUCAACGGCCCACCACUACCACCAAACUAUUCUAACCAGCACGGCCACUAGGUGGCACUGUUGCUGGCCCAGUUUUCCUCUGAACACGCAGGAAUCACCAAGAUCUGCAUCUGCUGACGGCAGCCGUGAGCAACAGCAGCUCUCCCAGACCUGCAAGAUGACCAGAGAAGAGACUACAGCCUUCUGGUUCUCAUUGUCGCUUUUUUUUUUUGAACUGAGACUGAAACAGCCCCCCCCCCUCCACUGACCACUAUGUUUGAGUCGCUGCAGCUAUUUAUUGACUUACCCUGCUCUGCACUUCAUGCCAUGAAUAUCACUGACCAAAUGAAUUUUGGCUUGUUUCCAUGUAGUUUCAGCCAGUAUGAGAGGUGAAGCAGAGCUGUAAUAAAGCUGAGCAGGGUUCCAUGCACACUUCUGCAUGCAGCUCAUGUUGGUCUCAGGAUGUGCAGGUGGAACAGCACAAUCAUGGCAUGACUGCUCAUUAUCCUGGAGCUACGGCCUGUAACUUGUGUACUCAUGUGUUGUCAGUGUUAGAGACCAUGGAUCCGUCUGUGGGUCACCUAUAACAAGUGUUUUCUGUGAAAACAAUUCUUUUUUUUUGUCUCUUGUGGGACUUUGAGAAUGUAAUGUUAAAUGUUGCUCCCUCCUACCUUUUUUUAUACAGGCUUGGCCUUUGAACCUCUGUUAAAUGUCUUCAUUUUUUGUCAGUACAUAUUGGUAUGAAUACACAACACAUUCAUAUAUAUAUAUAUAAUAGAGAGAGAGAGACGUUUUCUUUUUCAGUUAGAUUUUUGCACACGAUAUGAAGAAUUGUUCAACUCUUGACUAUUGGUUUUUUACAUUUAGCCUCAGAUUAUAGACUGUUAAAUCCAGAAAUAUUUUGGUGUCCUCAAUUUUUUCUUUGGUUUUUAAAUAUUUUACUAAAAAUGAUUAAACAUUUGAUUAUUUUGAGGCCUUA